AUUUGCUGCCUAGAAUUUAUACAACUUGAGAAAUUGUGCAUUUUGCUUUCGUAUUGUAAAGUAAUCAUCAAUUUUACACUACAUAUCAGCCAUAUCACUUCCCUCCUACACCCGUUACGAAUAUUCCAGUACAUACUCUUCAGCAAUGCCUGAAAUCAGAUCGAUUGAGGAUGAGAAUCUUGAUGAUAUUAGUGAGACAAUAGGAGAGCGAAUUAUGGCAUUAUCGGAGAUGUUCCCAGACAGUGUCCGGAAUGUGGCAUCUGCUACAGGGGGUUAUACUGUCAGUGGGGCAAAAUGGUUAUACAACUUCACAGGGAAAACCAUCUGGAUCUUGAGCACUUCUUUCAUGAUCCUCGCUUUGCCAGUUGUGUUUGAAGUCGAGAGAGUACAGACGGAAGAGGCACAGCUACAACAACAAAGACAGAUCCUUCUUGGCCCAAGUGCAGCCUCAGGUGGAGGAGGGAUAGGGGGUGUUCCCCCAGGGUACCCUGCUGGUGCAAGAUGAUAACAUGCUGGAAAAUAUAUUGGCAUUUAAAGUGCUUGUAACAAUAAUCAUAUGGUUAUAUUGCAAAAAUGUGUACAUUCUAAACAAUCUUUUGUUUUAUUAAGAAUGAAAAUAUCCCUUUGGUUGAAAAAUUGGUACCCUUGUUUUUUUAAAUGUUUCUUCUGUAAACAGGAUUCAAUAUAACCAUUGUAUUUAUAAAACAGAUUGUUUAAGUGGUGAAAUAAAUUACUCCAUGUUCUUUUUA